UUCGAUAAAAUUAACAAAAAAAAAAAACAUGGAGUCCGUCUGAUGUUUUGUGGUAGACUUGCUUCGGUGACCCAAACUAAUCAAAAUCUUUUUAAGGACUGUGUAUAAAGUGUUCCGGUGUUUUGCACGUUUAAACCGGGGAAGCACGACUGUCCUGCUCGCUUUGGUGACACAUUUCUCUCGGACAAACUUUACUGUCUGUGUCGUCGCGGGGACUCGCUGUAUCACUAUGUUGGGAGAAACGGAGCCACAAUGGUUGUCAGAGGAGGUGAAAACAGGAACUACCAUAAUUGCCAUCGAGUUUAAUGGAGGGGUCGUGCUGGGGUCUGACUCCAGAGUGUCUGCAGGGGAGUCAGUGGUGAACAGGGUGAUGAACAAACUGUCUCCCCUCCAUGAUAAGAUCUACUGUGCUCUGUCAGGAUCUGCAGCAGAUGCUCAGACCAUUGCUGAGGCAGUGAACUACCAGCUGGAUGUCCACAGUGUUGAGAUAGGUGAGGACCCGCAGGUUCGCUCAGCGGCCACUCUGGUGAGAAACAUCUCCUACAAAUACAAGGAGGAGCUGUCAGCACAUCUUAUUGUAGCAGGCUGGGACAGAAGAGAUGGAGGACAGGUGUUUGCGACCCUGAAUGGUCUCCUGACCAGGCAGCCUUUUGCUGUCGGUGGCUCAGGCAGUUGGUACGUUUAUGGAUUUGUUGAUGCUGAAUAUCGCAAAGGAAUGAGCAAAGAGGAGUGUCAGCAGUUUGUGGUCAACACUCUCACUUUGGCAAUGAACCGUGAUGGCUCCAGCGGCGGCGUGGCCUACAUGGUGACCAUUGAUGAACACACCACAGAAGAGAAAGUCAUUUUAGGAAAUGACUUACCCACCUUCUUUGAUCAGUGACCUAUUUGUUUUCUUCAUGGCCAUCAUUAUUUUUCUAUACCAUUAAUUCAGUUUCUGAAUUGUAAACACUGGAUAAAAGCACAUUUAACAUUAAUUUCAAUAAAAGAAAAAUAUUCCUG